UGUUCACAUCCCACGCUCUCGCUUUCUCGCUUGCGGUUCCUCCAAGCUCGCGAAACCCUAGCCAUGGCCUCCAAGGGUUCGACGGUGAAGAAGCCAGCGGCGCAUCCUCCCUACGCCGAGAUGAUCAAGGAGGCGAUCGUGACGCUGAAGGAAAGGGGCGGUUCGAGCCCGUACGCGAUCGGGAAAUUUAUCGAGGACAAGCAUAAGGCGCAUUUACCUCCCAAUUUCCGGAAGUUCCUCCUCGCACAACUCAAGAAGCUCGCUGCGGAGGGGAAGCUGACCAAAAUUAAGAGCUCCUUCAAGAUCUCCGCCGCCCCGGGUUCCGCUCCGACGAAGCCUAAGCCAAAGGCGAAGCCUGCUUCCACCGCAAGUAAAUCUAAACCUAAAUCCGCUGUGUCCGCCCCCAAACCGAAGGCAAAGACGAACCCGUCUGCUUCGGCCGCUAAGCCGAAAUCCAAGGCCACUCCGGUGAAGCCCAAGGCGGCGUCGAAGCCAAAGCCCAAGGCGGCGCCGAAGCCGAAGCCCAAGACCGCGACAAAGAUCCCGGCCAAAGCUGCAAAGAAGGACGCCCCGGCGAAAAAAAGGAAACCAGCGUCGACCCAAAAGCCGGCUGCUCGACCAGCAAAGGCUGCUAAGAUCGGGAAGAAGGAUACGCCGACGAAGAAGGCUGCUGCUCCGGUGAAGAAACCUAAGUCGGCCAAACCGGCUGCCAAAAAAGCGACUCCAAAGAAAGCGAAGAAGUAGAUGAUUAACUCGACAAGUAUUAAGAUUUUUUAAAAUUGUAGUGCAUCGUUUAGAUCAAAUCGUCGUGUUGAUUUGUAAUUGCACUAAGUUUACUGACAUAUGCUUUGUAUGAUAGGUUAUAUUUUGCAGUCGUGUUAUGAAAUCCAUUGUGUGUGUAUUAAUGGAGUUGACGUUUGAUUA